UCUAUGAAUAAAAAAACAAUGGUGUAGUGUAUUUGUGCAACGCAUUUCGAACACGCAUAUGUACUUACUAUAGGAAUACAUAUGAAAAUAAUAAAGCGUUAAGGGGUGAGAGAAUAGACAUAGGUCAAGUUAAGAAGUUAUGGAAUGACGACCAAAACAACCGUGGAGAUCAAUAUGGCAAUGAAGGGAGAAAAUAUUACAUCUGUCCUUGCACCAAAACAAAGUUUACCAGGGAAGGGGUUUAGUGUAAUAGUGACAAAUUGUUUUUAAACACAUUAAGGUAGCUUAAACUUCCCACAAACUUUACGAAACAUUUUAUAGAUAGGCUUUCAACAGAAGCGCAAACAUCAAUUUUGGUCCAUGUAGAUAUAAUGUGCUGCAAUAAAAGAAAUGGGUUAUCUGUUUUCACAGGGGAUUCGAUUUACUUUUGAAACUAUUUAGGGAUAUGUUUUGAAGCAUUUGAGUACAGAGACAGAUAAGUCCUCCUUAGGCAUACUUGACUAACUCUUAAAGCCUUAUCACUUUUCAUAAAAAUCCAUAUAGCAAAUAUGUCUGUCAUCAGAUUUUUCGAAAUAUGUUACACGAUCUAGAUAAUUUUGCGGUGAGAGCUGGCUGGAAGCCAAAGUUCAAGUCAGUGUUCACGUCCCAAAUCCCACUGUUACUACGAUGCACCUUUAACGUAUACUUUAGUUCCAACAAGAAAAUAUACAGGUAAGUAGAUGGAGUAGCAAUGGGUUCUUCCUUAGGACCCCUCCUAGCCGACUGCUUUAUGUCUAGCUUAGAAAACAACCCCUUAUCACCAACUAUCGACGACUUCCAACUCUACAAGAGAUACAUCGAUGAUACUUUCAUUAUUUGUGAUGAGAAUUGUGAUUUAAAAAACCUACUUCAAAUCUUCAAUAACGCCCACCCAAACAUCGACUUUACACUUGAGACUGAAUCCGACGAAAUGUUCCACUUCCUCGACGUCCAUCUGACAAGAAACGUCAACAACUCUCUGAAAAGGUCCAUAUACAAAAAGCCUACAUGGAAUGGACAAUUUAUCAACUUUCAAAGUUUCGUGCCCCUAAGCAGAAAAAGGAACCUGAUAUACACUCUUUCCUCGAGAAUUCGGAAGAUAUGCAGCGAGGAAAUGAUUGAAGAACUACGUAAUCUCAGAAAAACCCUGAUGGAAAACCGUUUCUCGCCCAGGUUCAUAGACAAGAAUCUCAAAUGUAAGAAGACUUCCGAACAAGUCCAAUCCGUUCCAAAGAAAAUACUUCUGCUUAAUCUAGAAUUCAAAGGUGAUAUUGAAGCAGAAAUCCUUCGUAAACGCCUCUCCAAAUCACUGAGGAAAACAUACUUCGCCGCGAGCCUACGACUGACGUUUUCCUGUAAGAAACUGUUCAGCCAGAACGCGAAAGACAAGCUGUCGCAUUGGGCCACCUCAACAUGCAUAUACCAGUUUACUAGCUCUUGUGGAGCUGAGUACAUCGGCCGUACAAUGCGCCGACUUGAAAAAACGCGCUUGUGAACACUAUCCAGCCUGGCUAGUAAAAGGAGACCAAAAACGUGUAUAUAGUUCAGUGACAAAACAAAGCCUCAGGAUGGUCGGGGGUGGGUGCCUUG